GCAUAUGGUUAACAGUCAUUUUAUGGUAUUGAUUCCCUUUCGUUCGGAGAUUAAAAUACUGCCUUCAGCAGUCUGAUUUACAACUGUUGUUUAAAUAAUUUAAGUUACUAAGCUAUACGAAUGGGAAUCAUAUCCUUUCGUAACCAUUGUCCUUCUACUACAAGUGGAACACAGAUAACAAGAAAGUUUUCUAUCCAAUCGUUGGAGGCAUGAUCCAUAGGCGCACUGAUUUAAUUUGACGCUACUGCUACUAGUGAUGAUUGUUCUAUUGAGGCUGAAAGCCUCAAACAUCCAAAUUUAUAAAUAUGCGAAAUAUCCUAUUUCAACAAGACUCUGCAAAAACAAUCCUUUUUUAUCCAGUUUUUCGACGAGAACUACCAGUUCAUAUUCUGAAAAUGCUAUUCCUCCAACCAAACCCCGAAGAAUUUUCCGGAAGUUACUGUUUUUGAGUCUGAUAUCAAUCAGUUCAUUUAUUGGCUUAGUUUACGUGUCUGAAACCAUUCGAAAUGAAUUGAUUUCAUACUAUCCACCUUCUAAGGAUAUACUAAAUGUGGUCGAAAAUUCAAUUGGAGGUUGGUAUUCUGGUCCAAAAGCUGAACAACCGAUUGUUCCUGUUGGUGAUUUUCCACUUCCACCUAAACGAAAUUCUGAGUCAAUCAGCCAGGUGAAUUCUGUGGCCAGUUCAGAACCUGUUAUUAUUGAGAAAAAAAAGCGUUCACUACCUACUGUGGAAGAAGUUAAAGAUAUGACAGAGAAACGUGAUCAUGUGCCGGUGAUGAACGUAGACUUCUAUGAACUACCCAACGUUGUGAGGGAUGUAGAAAGUACAGUGGAGAGUGCCAAAACUAAAUUGAAAGAAUUUGAACAUGUUAUUGAGAAAUAUCUCGAUGCACUGCUUAUUGCUGUACAAGACAACAAUUUAAUUUCGAAAGAGAAAAACUGGGGUUUUGUCGGAAAACUAGAACUGAAAAAAGAUAUGUUAGAAGAACAAGUGGAAAAAAUCGUCCAGCAAGCUUUACAACAACUUGACGAACUUCAUCAUAUCAUUGAGCAACAUAAGAAUUCGGAACAAGCAAUUGACAGUAAUAUUAUCCCUGAUUCUAUUGAAUCUUAUGGAAAAUUACAAUAUGACUUAACUGGAUCAAUCAAUAAGGUAGUAAAACUUCAAAACGAUAUUAAUAUGCUUAAACGUUAUCGUGAUUUAGCUUCUUCAUCGCAUACAAACUUACAAAAUGAUUUAGAAGCUUUGUCGAAACAUAUUGAAGGGAAAAAGCAGGGCAAAGGCACUUCCACAACAAUGAAUGUGGACGAGUUGAAUGAUUUAAUUUCAGUGGCACAUGCUCGUAUCUCUUCCUUACAAGAUAAAUUAGAUCAUUUAGAACAUAGUGAAAGAGAACGAAUGAAAUCAGCCUUAGAAGCACAACGUCAAGCAGAUGAUAGUCUUCGAAAAGAAUAUAUCAAACAAGAAUUAAAUCGAGAACGCACGAGAAAUGAAAUUGAAAGACAUAAAUGGUUACGGGAAGCACGUGAUGCUCGAGAACAUGAAUUGAAAUUAGCACUGGCGAGACAUAGUGAACAUCUUUCACAUAUGUUACAAUUACAGAAAGAGAAAAUGGAGCAUCAAUUCGCACAUCAGCUACGUGAAGAGUUGGCAAAAGAAAGAGUCGCUUUUGAAGCUGCACUUAUCGGUUGGACUAAGCGUAUGGAAGCCAUAGAAGAUGUUAUAGACGGAAGAGCGGAUCUAGAUCGGUUAGCUAAAGAAGCACAAUCAUUAUGGCUGUCAUGUGAAGCUUUAGCCUGUCGAUUGCAUUCAGUUAGCCCGUCAAUGAAAUCUCACCAUGAAACGAAAAGCGAUUCGGUCCUACUGAGUCAAACUGGAUCUUUAAAAGAUUUUGUCAAUUCCAUUCGUGAAUGCGCCGCUUCCGGAAAUUACCCUUUUGUCAAAAUAAUUCUAGACAGUCUAUCUUCUGAUAUAGUGGAAAAUGGAGUUUGGACAGAAAAUGGAUUGAAGAAGAGGUUUGAAAAGAUUAAACGGUAUCAAAGCAACUUUAUUGAGAAAUCGACUUACUCAUUUGCUUUAUGGAAGUGUUAUUGUAUAUUUUGAAUGUUAAUUACAGUCUUCAUUGUAGAGUUAUAUGGUACCUUGUGCAUACUAAUAAUAUAUAUUGUACAGGGUUGAAUGUGUUUCAUCUCCAUCUGUCACGUCUAUUUCAAAAUUUGUUUUUAAAUCUUUAUCAAAGCGAUUGCUAAAAAUGUCGACUUGUCAUAUUCCAUAUGUGUUAUGUCGGACACUGUUAUGUCUACUGAAUGCUUAACUGGCUUGUACUUUGUACUAAGGUCCUGAAUUUGGAGACGCAUAGUGAGAAAACGAAGACUGGUGAUAAGGAUUUAUUUGACCUGGGAAAUACAUCGAAAUGGUGCAUGAAGAAACUCAUUUACAUAUUGAUUUUACUCGAAUCUUAUGAUUGGUUAAUAAUUCCUAAACAGAGGAAAUACACAGAAUUAUUACAAACACUCAGACUACAUACCAUACUGAAACGAAUUUCUUACCGAAUUAAUUCAAAAAAUAUAAUCUUGAAUAAAUCAAUAUUAUACUGAACAAAAUAUCACAUUGAAAUCAAAACAAAUAUUACUCUGUAUAGCCAGAAUGCUAAGUCAAAAAUAAGAGUAAUGUUAAAUGAAAAGCACAGUGAGUUAAGAACGUGAUUUUAGCAGUUAAUAGAUUGGAAUAAGAUUUUGUGAAUAAUCAGUUUUAUAAGUACUGAAAAAUGAACCAACCACCGCGCACCUCGAGGUGUGUUUACUUGGAUAAAAGCGAACUGGAAUAAAUUGACGAAAUCAAUACAUGAAAUCAGUCCAUGAAGUCAUUGACUACUGAUCUAAACCAUCCUGAGAGAUGCAGAUUACCUAUUUGAAGUUCGUGCAAUGACGGCGAUUUGAGAUUGUAUGAUGUGGUUUAAAGUAGUUUACAGUGCCACAGGUACAUUCACUCUUUAUCUUCCUGUUGAUUUGCAAUCCCAUAUUUUCCUCAUAUGUAUAUCCUUCAACUGAAUGUUCUCAAUCCAUAUUUCAAUUAUUAGGUUCUUCUCACUGUCACUGCUACUACAUUAUUUCUAUCUCUUUCACAAUACAUCUUGUUUAUUUCAUAUCAUCGUGCUAAUGUGGUGUGGGAACUUGAACCAACGCAAAUCUUUGCAAGGCUCUAUGUCGAUAAUCAAUGAAUGGCUGGCAAGUCGAAAUGGGUCAAUUAUUUCUUUUAUUAAAUUGCUUUUUUGUCCGAUUGGACAUAGUCUUGAUUUUUUAGAUGCUUUUUUACUUUAGACCUUUUCAAGGCAACUGAUAUAUUCUAGUUUUAUUAUUUAUAACUUGGCCUAUCAUGGACUAUUCACACACGUAUAUCAUUAGAUUUGUAGGUUAUAUUUCAAGGGCGAAUUUCGUUUGUGAAAUAUCCCUUUCAUUCAUUUCGCAUUUGUAAUGAUUACAUAUUAGAUUAUUCGUAAAGAUUUUGCAUUUGUUUUGUACCGUUUGCUGUUUUUUGUUUUCUAAGGUAUAUAACGUCUGCAGAAAUGUCGCAUUAAUUGAUGAAACAAGUGGUUCACUAUGGGAAUAUGCUUUAUCAUGGCUACAGUCUAUAUUAAUCGUAGAUGUGAAAUAUAAAUGUUUGGAAGCGAUUUCACGUAUUAAACCAAAUAUUGGUAGUCCUUAUAUUCAAUACAUUAAAGAUUAUGAUACAACGAAACAAACGGACUCAAGACCAGAUUCAUUUCAGUUGUUAUCUAGUGCCAAAUUCGCUAUGGCUAGCGACCAUAAUAUCUUUUCAGGUGACGAAAAUACAUCUGGUGAUGAAGCACUUGAAACAGCUGUACGAUUGUUAGGUCAGUUGCGUGGUCAAUCUCGUGUUGUUGCAAAUGAUUGGUUAGUUGAUGCUCGACACUAUUUAGAAGCUAAACAAACUGCUAGAACGUUAUUAGCUUAUGUUGCUGCUCGUGAUAUUUCUACUUUCCAAAAACGUCUAUAAUUGUGUUCGAAAAGAACCAUUUAAAAGGGCUAUUUCAUUAUUUAUCAUUCUUAUUGUCGUUCUUGAGUACUGUUUGAAUCUUUUCAUGAAGCAUCUUUUGUGAAAUUAGUAUUUAAUUUUUGUAUGAAGGGAAUUCUGAUUUGUAAUUACCCUUAUUUAAAUGUACAUGAAUAUAACUAGACAGAAAUACAGUAGUACACUUUUCCUAUCAAGAUUUUCUUUGGUAUUUCACAGGUUGGUGUUAUUGUUGUUAAAAAUCUUUCCACUACUUAGAUUACACAAUAUCUUGUCUAGCAAAUUCCAUUUAGUCAGUUGCUUGUAGUAAUUUUAUAUUUAUAUCUUUAUGGUAGUAAUAAUACUUACGGGCAAAUAAAUAGCAUAUAUCACCC